AUGUCAUCCGGCAAGCCGCCGGACUUGGAUCCGAAUGAUUUGGUCGAGUCCCUGGAGGUCGAGCUCGAUGCGGAAGACCAAUCGUUGAAACACGCCAGACGCCGGGCCUCUGUCUACGAUGCGGUAGCUGGCCGUGUCAAUCUCCGCGGAUUCCAUCCGUCGGCGCCGUUUGCCUCUCGGUAUCGAGAUACGCUUUCAUCGGGCGCACGAGUCUUCCGCCCCGAAGAGGUUCUUAUGCGCUCACAGAACAUCCCCAAACAAUCUGCCGAGAACGAAAUCUACUUUGCACAUGAAUCUCUCCCCGCCGAUGGGACCCUGCCGAGCUCGGAGCUCCUCGAGGCAAUCCAUGCCUAUGCGGCCGAUUACUACGAAUACGCGACUGAAGACCACGGACAAGACGACUACCACAGCAUGGACGAGACCGCAUUGAUCGCGAUGGGGAUCUUAGUCGAGGAGAUGGCCCAAGAGGCUCUGGGUGACACCGGGGAUUUAGUCCUCGUGGAAGGCCAGGAGUUGUCAGAUGAGGAGGAGCCCUCGGGUGCCGAGAGUGAUGGUGUUCCACAACUCGCGGGUCGGGCACUCCGAAGAAAACGGGCGAACACUGCCGCAAAUUGUGCAACUGUCAGCACGCAAGAAAACCUCAAGGGUGUGCGCAAGAAGUUGAAGCGCCGCAAGGUGACUCGGGCGGCGUCGACGGAUGACAUGGACACGGAAGUCGACGAGGCGCAAUGA